CGAAAUUGUUUAUAAUUAAAUCAUUCAGAAGGUAGAUAUUAAAUAUUUGGGGAAUAUCGGGGCGGUAGGAAUCGGCGGGACUGAAUCGGCCGGGACUGAAUUGGCAUGGGACUGAAUCGGCAGGACUGAAUCGGCGGGACUGAAUCGGCGGGACUGAAUCGGCGGGACUGAAUCGGCGGGACUGAAUCGGCGGGACUGAGUUGUCCUGUUCCGAUAUCGGGGAUAUCAGGUAAGUUAAAGGGAUAAAAUUUUGAGAAUUUUAAGGCCGAAGCCAAAAAAAGAAGUUGCUCUCAAACGCCACAGGCAAAAUCAAAAUUUUUUUAUUUCAGAAUGCCAAGAGUCAAAAAUCCUCCAUUUAAAAAAAAUACAAGAAAAAUGGGAAAAUCCCAAAACCGUAUCAAAUCACAAAUCCGGUGUACAAAAUUUGCUGGAUCCGGUCCGGCCCCAUCACUAAUAAAAACAAAAUUGCUUCACGAGGAUUUCGAUAUUAAGGGUAAGUUAUAAAAAUGCCGAAAUUAAUCAACUGAUUCGUCCCCCUUUUUUGCCAUAAAAUUUGCCGGAUCCGGCUCAUGAUUUAGACAAUUUAUCCAUAAAUUUCUAUUUUUGCAGAGAAAUAAUUUUGUAAAAAGUUAUUAAGAAAAAGAAUGAGCGAAAAGGUGGAGCCAGAGUCCUCGGCGUCAAUCCAAGAAAAUAGCAACCUUUUAUGUGAUGAACAAAUAGAACAACGCUUAUCCUCAGAAUUAUUUAAUGAAAGAAUGCCUUCAGUUCUUGAAUUUCACAGAAAAUAUCUGAUCGACCGACAAAGUUCUAAAUUUCGAACAGAAUUGGAGGCUGAAGAUGUAAAAUUAGUAAAUGGAUUGGGUCAAUUAUCUGCCGAUAAAUUAAUGGAUUAUGUUAAAGGAUUACAAACAAGCGCUGUGUCACUUGGAAACGAAGAAUCUUUUGAACUAGGUUCAGUUCACUAUCGGUUCGGUUCAGCCUUGGAAAUAACUAUAGUUCAGUUCAAAUAUUUAUAA